CAUUACCCAGAAUGCACCCUAGACACCAGCGCAUAACCGCCCUGUCUGGGGCCGUGACGUUGAAAUGACCCCAACGACCAAAAUGCGCUGGGAGAAAACUACAGGACCCAGAAUGCCGCUGGGAUGAGGGCUGCGUUUGGCCCUGAGUAGGCACCGCAAUGGAGGCUUGAGCACGAGAACUGACCUGCAAAGUGAAAAAGGGUGCAGGUAAAUUCUGUCUCUGUCCUGACAGGAGACUGGUGAUGCUAUGGAAUAGCUCUUGGUUCACAGGUGCCGACAAACAUGACCCAACCAUUCCAGGGAUCUGAGAUGUCCAAAAAGAAAUCUAAGAAGUCUAAGCAAAAGGAGCGAAGUUCAGAUGAUGUGGAUAAUAAAGCUACCUGUUCCAAGGCGACCAGUGAUAAAACAAAGACAUGCAGCUUUGCAAGCUCAACACCUUCUUCAGAGAAAAGAAAAUGGAAAUCAGAAGACACAGGAAUCGGUAAUGAUAACAUAAAAGGGCAGCUGGAAUUUAAAAGAUCCAAAGUAGAUAAAGAUGGUCAAGAGAAGAAACAAAAGCAAGGCUUUUAUGUUUCACAAGGCACUAUUGAAAGGUUCCAAGGAGAGUCUUCACAUGAUAGCAGAGCCAUCAGUGCUGUUUUGCUUCAAACAGAGAAGCGAAAAAGGAUAUCUAUACAUUUUAAACAUGAUAUUAAACAUGGAAGACAGAAAAGCCAAAGUGAUUCUGGUGAUGUCCCUACUAGCAGGCAAAUCUGUAAAAAAGACCACUCUUUUGAGGGCAAUGGAACAGGAGGGGAAAUGGUGCGGCAUAGUUUUGCAAUUCAGAAAGACAAGCUGAGGAAAAAGAAGAAAGAGAUAACUGAGCUCAGCAAACUAAAGGAAAGAGUUGAACAAACUAUGUUGAAGACAUUCAAGGUAGCAACCUAUCCUACAGGCUUGUUAUGUAAGAACUUGCGUGGAUCAAAAAAGUUGAGUGAUGAUUUCAAAAUUCUGAAAAAGCCCUCAGCCACCUUUCCAAAGACUGAGGGAGAUGGCACCUUCCCUACUAAUACAUCUCACACAUUAUCAAAGAUUUGUAAGAAGAAAGAACAUCUAGAAAACUCUGAAGAACUGUCUGACAAAAAUAUCCAUGAUACUAAACCUAUGUCCACUGUAAUAUCUAAGGAAUGGGAAUAUCUCAGAGAGACGAAACAGUAUCCUGGUUCCAGCAAAGCUGUUAGUAGUUCAAUAACUGAAGGAAGAACUCUUGAAACCAUAUCAUUACAUUUAAGACAGAGCUUUGAAGUCCAAUGGCCUUCUGCCUGCCAUCAAGCCAUUCAGAUUACAGAAACAGACCAAGAGAUGCAAAUAAUAGAAGACUUGCAUGCUGCUCGUAUUGACAAAAAGAUGGCUUUGCCAGUUGUGCAGACUUGUGGAGAAUUGACAAGUAUGGAAAUAGACCUUCCAGAAGAGAAUACAGACAUUGCUGCUGCAACUGCCAUUUCUGGUUUGAACCUCUUGAUAGUGAUUGACACCAACAUAAUGAUUAGUCACCUUCAAUUUAUCAUGACUUUGAAAACUAGAGAUGUGCCAGGCAUUGGCAGACUUGCACUGAUAAUUCCCUGGGUGGUUUUACAAGAACUGGACAACUUGAAGAAGGGCAAAGUUCUACAACAUGUUCGGCACAAAGCUGUCCCUGCAGUUGAUUUUAUCUACACUUGCCUCAAAAACCAAGAUUCAAAGCUGUGGGGGCAGUCAAUGCAACUUGCUUCUCAGAAAAUAUAUGGACUGAGUGAUGAAAACAAUGAUGAUCGUGUUUUACAAUGCUGCUUGCAGUAUCAGAGUCUGUUCCCUCAAGCUUUUGUCAUACUGUGCACGGAUGAUAAAAAUUUAUGCAGCAAAGCCCUUGUGAGUGAUGUAAAGGCCAUGUGCAAACCAGAUUUGGUUACUGCACUCCAGAACCUGAAUGUAAACAGCCAUCAGAACUGUGUUGGCCCACAACAAUCAAAAACAGAUACUGAGUUCCUGAAAACCAAGAGGGAAGAUUCCAGCCUUAAUAUUCCACUCCCACUUCCAAGCAUUGUUCCUGACCUUGAAAAAAGUUUAGGAGAAGCUUUAUCCUCUAUAUUAGAAACUGAAAUGAAAAUUGCUUUUGGAAACUUGUGGAUGGAGGUACUGUACCUGAAGCCCCCGUGGACCCUAGCAAGCUUACUUCAGUGCUUUAAAAAACACUGGAUGGCUGUAUUUGGAUAUAUUGUGCCAAGAAAUUUACUUGCAACCAUUGAAUGCCUUCAUGAACAUCUUUGUAAAGGGAAGACAGUUGACCAUGUAACAGCAAUCAUCCUGCUCCGGGAAUCUAAAAAGCUAUUGCAUGCUUUCAGCUCAAGGUCAGACUAUGAUGGUGCACUUCCACAGGCUUUUGCUCAUGUGACUAAACUGCUCCAGAUGCUUACAGAGGUUCAGUCAAACAAUGGACAAAAAUCAUCAGAAACCCUCACAGCUCAUUCAGAAGACACUGCAGGUUUAAAAAUGGAAAAUGUGACAGUGCAUCUGCAAACUUGUGAGGAAGGCAAGUCAUUGUCAGACACUCAGCUGACCCAAGAUAAAAGACAUCAGGAAAUCUGGUCUGUCCUUGAAAGCAUUUGGAAUACAAUAAACCUGUACAGUAUUGACAUUUUCCAGAAAUUGGAUCAUGAUAAAAUUACCACGACUACAAAGGUAUCUUCACUUGAAGAAGCUUUCUUAGGUCUACAGAAACUGAUGGCAGUUGUGAAUAAUAUUCUUGCAGGAAUUAGAAGAGUUUUGGCUCCAAACAGUAGUUUUCAAGACAUCUGGACGCUCUAUAACUUCCUAAUGAGUAAUGAGAUAAAUACCAGCAUAAAAUUUACUGCUGAGGAACUCUAUGAGUGUGUUUCACAGAAAGCAUAUAGAGAGAAGUUAACAGUUGGGUGUUGCCAACUGGCACAGCUGGAAUAUACUAUUACACAAUGCAAUGCAUCUGUCCAUAAGGAAACCAAAAACAGGGGCUGGCUAUGAUGCUACAGUCAACUUCAGGAUUUUAAUAUGUUCUUCCCCCUCUUUAAAUCUUUGUUUAAAAAUAAAAUGGGAAACUUUGUCAGGAGAACAAUCAAAAUCUAGGUCAGUUUUUCCUCAGUGUCAUUUUUUAAUUUAUACUUGAAUUUACUACCUGAAUGAAAUUAUUUUCAUGCAGCUAGCAAAAGGAAUCUAAGGAGUAUUAAUUGCUAGCAUUUGUGAUAAAGUUCAUCUUCCAGAGUUUAACGCAAUUGAUGUUGCACUUGGGAUAUAUUUAACAUACAUCUAUUUGGACCACUAUUUUAAAAUGCAAAAAUUCAAUAGCCACAAUCUGUAUAUUUUCAUAUUUCUAGAACUUCAAGAUGCUUCUAGGAUUUAGUUCAGAAGGUUACUCUGUAAACCUCUCCCUUCUAUCACAACAAACAGAAGGCAAGAAAAAAGUCUGAUGUGAAAGUCAAAACAGGUUUAUGAUACAAAAUUACUUGCAUAUACAGUGGCUGGUUUGGACUUAAUUACACAUAGUAACUAGACUAUGUAUCCUUUAACUUACAAAAAGCCAGUUACUGCUGAGCUUUUCUCUCCCACCUAUGGUGAUAAAAAAAUAAUCUGCCUAAAAGCUGACUUGAAAAGUGUGGGGAGAAAUGGGUUUAUUACCAAUUUAGAUAAUUUAGAAGUUCUCCUGCCCUUCACCAGUUCAAUGAUCAAGUUAAUCUUAUCCUAUAUGUACCUUUCUGUGGUACUGAGACUUUGUCCAUAAACUCUCACUUGCACCUUCUUUGCUUAAGUGUUACCUGUAUGAGUUAAAACAGGUACUAACAGAAGUAAACUGCCUAAAAAUUGCUUCCUCUCUAAAUUAUCUGGUUUUAUUCAAGUGAUUACUAAUUCUAUUAGUCCUGUCCUUUACAGUAGAAAUUUGGGUGGGUUUACCUACAAAUCUUAAAAUCUAAAGCUGCACAAAUAAACUUUUCUACAGCAGGACACCUUCAAAUGACUUCCCUCGCUGUUCAAAUUGCACACUUCACUCUUGGAAUGUAAUUAUAGUCAAUUUCUGUCCCACUAUUUUCAGUACUUCUGGCCUGUAACACUACCUCUCUUUGCUUUUACAAAAGAUUAGUGAUUACUGUAAAACUGUAUCUUUAAUUUUAUAUAUUUGACUUUGUAAGAUCUUUGAGUAUAUUAAUUGAAGUUUAAUAAACUGCUAUUUUGAACAGCCUUAUCUUCACUUUAUAUAGCUGCACGUCCAAUCACUUCAUAGAAAAGAGCUGUAUUUUUUACAGCUUGAUAAAGUGUGGCAAGUUCUUGUAUCACAUACUAUUGAAUUCAUCAAUACAUUGCAAAAGCUGCCACUAUACAGGUUCUGGUUCCCAGAAAUGUUUUAAAAAAUACCUUCCUGGCUCCAGCCAAUUUUUCUAAUGUAUUUUUAUUUUUUAAUUCCUGCAAAUCUAUGGAUAUAUGCUUUAUAGCCACACCUCCUUUUUUCCAGUGGCUGCAGAUAUAAAAUGUGUAUCUAGAACUCUGAAAAUUUGUCCGUAGCUCCUUUUUUUUUCAUAUGGAGAUGGUUACAAUUUUUGUAUCUGCACAGGGCUCUUAUUUAUUACUAGCAGGUAUACUUUGGCAUGGCUCAGGUUUUUAAUUGAAUUUUUCUUUUUAAAAUAAGUGUACAUGCUUUAUUUGUUGUAUUUUUUUGAAGAUGAAGGCUGGAGUGAGGGUCCAGGAGGGGGGUGGCUUAGGGUAGAGGGUUUAAAUAUAUGUGGAGAUAGGUAUAUCUUAUAGAAAUGGAAGGGACCUUGAGAGGUCACCGAGUCCAGUCCCCUGCCCUCACAGCAGGACCAAGUACCAUCCUUGACCAAUUUGCCCCAGAUCCCUAAAUGGGCCUCUCAAGGAUUGAACUCACAACCCUGAAUUUAGGAGGCCAAUGCUCAAACCACUGAGCUAUUCCCCCCUGCACUUGGAAGGUGGGAGAUUCAAGACAGCAGGCUUUACUGGAGGUGACAGUGGUACUCGUCCUGCAGCAGCUCCUCCCAGCGAGCCAUAGCAGUACUCCCUGGCCACUGGCUCUUUGGGGUGGGGCAAGUUCUGGGUUUGGGGCAGGGGGUGCACCUUACCCAGUCUCAAGGCAAGUAAGAUGGCAGAGCCCCAGCUGUAUUGGCCACUUUUGCUCCUGCAGCUGACCCCCACUGGCCACUAUCACACACCCCUUUUCUGUAGCCCUCCUAUCUCAUGUUAUCAAAAACAGGCCCCAUCCUGGCCCAUCACACUUUCCAGACAUACCAAAACCCAGCCCUUGCUUUAAGUUGGGUAAGAGGAACUGCAUACUAAAUUUGGUGAUCCUAGCUCUGAUGGCUUAGGAGUUCUUGAACAGAUAGUCCCAGCUAUGUUUAUGGCUACAUCAAAAAUGCUUGGGUUUUUAAAAAAAAAAAAAUCAGGUUUGUUCAUGGUACUUUAACUGCUGUUUGUCCUUAAACAUGCUAACAGUUUCUUUCUCCAAAGCAUAAGUAAAAGUGGGUUGCUUGUUAAGAAUACAUCAGUUUCAGCAUUAUAAGUUCUAGGCUCCCCUCCCCCCCCCAUUAAAUAUUCCACCAUAAGUGUGCUAUAAUGAAGAUGCAAUGGAGCAAGUGUUAUCGUAGAUGUAGAGUUGGAAGAGGAAACUGGGGAUGCUCACUGAAAGUAUUAGACCUAAGCCCAGACCAAUUUUAGCUAUAUGGAUCAGAACUUGCUCUGAGAAUACAUAAAACAGUAAGUGAACAAUGAACUCAUACCUGUAGCUCUUUUGGGUAAUGUGGAUCACUUAUUUGGCUGUUUAAACCUCUUAGAUUAACAAUACUCAGACCUAGCAUAUCUUGUUUUGCUUUUAGUGGACAGGUUCACUUCCAUCUAUGUGGCAGGAUGAUUUAUUUUUUUUUACUGAAGAGUUUGUUAGUGAAAUGUAUGAACAAAGCCACAACUACAACUUCGAUAAUAAUCCUGUGGUUUAAGGAUUUCCCGAAAGGUACCUUUUAAUGUGUUUGCAUCAGCAGCAAGCAUUAAGUGCUAAGUUUGGCACCACGAAAAUGAGAUGUGCCGCACUACAUACUGGACACCAAGUCAUCCCAACCAACAUUUUUACAUAUGAAUAGAGAAAGUGAACCAAAACAUAGGAUUGAGCACUCAUGGGACAAAUUAAGUACAAUUCAUCUUAUAGCACAUUUGUCAGCUUGCACUAUUAGAAAAAUAAACACCAUUUUAAGAAAUGUUUUCUUCAUCACACACUGGUAGUAUUCUAAAAACAUGAACACUUCAGGAUUUACAAAUGUUAGCUCAACUGUUGUAACAAAACUGCUGUGCAGAAAGCACCCUCCUACAUUUGUCCAAGUAUCUGAAGCUAAAGUGACUUUAAAUACUGGAAAAAAAAA